AUGGGAUUUCAAGAUGGAAGGAAGCAUCCUCUGGUUUUUGCUUACUAUGUUACUGGUCACGGGUUCGGUCAUGCCACUCGGGUUGUCGAGGUUGUACGGCAUCUCAUAGAUGCAGGACAUGAUGUUCAUGUAGUCACCGGUGCGCCUGACUUCGUCUUUACCUCUGAAAUACAAUCCUCUCGACUUUAUCUGCGGAAGGUUCUGUUAGAUUGUGGAGCCGUUCAAGCAGAUGCUUUGACUGUCGAUCGGCUUGCUUCAUUGGAAAAGUACUCAGAGACUGCUGUCAUUCCCCGUGAAUCUAUCUUGGCGACUGAAGUGGAGUGGCUGAAAUCAAUUAAAGCGGACCUGGUGGUGUCUGACGUUGUACCAGUGGCUUGCCGGGCAGCUGCUGAUGCUGGUGUUAGAUCUGUUUGUGUGACAAACUUCAGCUGGGAUUUUAUCUAUGCAGAGUAUGUGAUGGCCGCGGGAAUUCAUCAUAGGUCAAUUGUUUGGCAGAUCGCUGAGGAUUACUCCCAUUGCGAGUUCCUUAUCCGUCUCCCAGGAUACUGCCCAAUGCCCGCAUUCCGUGAUGUGAUUGAUGUUCCUCUGGUUGUGAGAAGGUUACACAGAUCUCGUGAGCAGGUCAGAAAAGAACUUGGAAUUGGUGAUGAGGUGAAAGUUGUUAUCCUUAACUUUGGGGGGCAGCCAGCGGGUUGGAAGCUGAAGGAGGAGUACUUACCUUCUGGCUGGCUUUGUCUGGUUUGUGGUGCUUCUGACAGCCAGGAACUUCCACCAAAUUUCGUAAAGCUUGCAAAAGAUGUCUAUACUCCUGAUCUAAUUGCUGCAUCUGAUUGUAUGCUUGGAAAAAUUGGAUAUGGGACGGUCAGUGAGGCUUUGGCUUACAAGUUGCCCUUCGUCUUUGUUCGAAGAGACUACUUCAAUGAAGAACCAUUUUUAAGAAACAUGCUUGAGCACUAUCAAGGUGGGGUUGAGAUGAUACGUAGAGAUUUGCUUACUGGUCAUUGGAAGCCAUAUCUUGAACGGGCACUGACAUUGAAUCCGUGCUAUGAAGGAGGUAGCAAUGGUGGUGAGGUUGCUGCCUGUAUUUUACAAGACACGGCAUAUGGGGAAAACUAUGUGUCGGACAAGCUUAGUGGUUCCAGAAGAUUACGGGAUGCCAUUAUUUUGGGGUAUCAAUUACAAAGAGUGCCUGGUAGAGAUCUGUUCAUUCCAGAUUGGUAUGCAAAUGCUGAAAAUGAACUUGGACUACGUACUGGAUCUCCGACUGCUGAUAUGUUUGAUGAUAGCUUCCUCAUGCAUUCAUACCAGGAAGAUUUUGAAAUCCUUGAAGGAGAUCUUCUGGGACUGCCAGAUACCGUAAGUUUUUUGAAGAGCUUAGUAGAAUUAGAUGCCUCACAUGAUUCUGUAAAUAAUGCGGGAAAACGCCAGUUGAGGGAACGAAUGGCUGCUGCUGCCCUCUUUAAUUGGGAGGAAGACAUAUUCGUGGCAAGAGCUCCAGGAAGGUUGGAUGUCAUGGGUGGAAUAGCUGACUACUCAGGAAGCCUUGUUUUGCAGAUGCCCAUUCGAGAAGCUUGCCAUGUUGCUGUUCAAAAGAUUCAACCUGGCAAAGAGAAGCUGUGGAAGCAUGCUCAGUCUCGGAGACUUGCGAAAGGAGAAGGAUCAACACCUGUGCUACAAAUUGUAUCUUAUGGGUCAGAAUUAAGCAAUCGUGGUCCCACGUUCGACAUGGAUAUGUCAGAUUUUAUGGAUGGAGAACAUCCAUUGUCGUAUGAGAAGGCCAGAAAUUACUUUGCUCAAGAUCCUUCUCAAAGAUGGGCUGCAUAUGUUGCUGGGACAGUGCUGGUUUUGAUGAAAGAAUUUGGCGUACGCUUUGACAGCAGUAUUAGCAUGCUGGUUUCUUCUGCUGUUCCCGAGGGAAAAGGUGUUUCGUCUUCUGCCUCUGUUGAAGUUGCUAGCAUGUCAGCAAUAGCUGCUGCUCACGGAUUGAGAAUUCAUCCAAGGGAGCUUGCAUUACUCUGCCAAAAGGUAGAGAAUCAUAUAGUUGGAGCUCCGUGUGGUGUGAUGGACCAAAUGACUUCAGCAUGCGGUGAAUCCAACAAACUUCUUGCAAUGGUUUGCCAGCCUGCUGAAGUACUUGGUCUUGUAGACAUUCCUACGCAUAUAAGGUUCUGGGGAAUAGAUUCAGGGAUACGACAUAGUGUUGGAGGGACGGAUUAUGGAUCUGUUAGAGUUGGGGCCUUCAUGGGUCGGAGAAUCAUUAAAUCUAUUGCGUCUUCUAUGCUAUCGCAGUCAAGGUCUGGUAAUGCAGCAACUCCUGACGACGCCGAAGAAGAUGGCAUGGAACUACUGGAAUCUGAAGCUUCACUAGAUUAUUUGUGCAACCUCGCACCCCACAGGUAUGAGGCUCAGUACUCAAAGAACCUUCCUGAAUUUUUGCCUGGAGAGACAUUUCUGGAGAAGUAUGAUGACCACAAUGAUCCGGUUACUGUGAUAGAUAAGAAACAUAAUUAUGGACUGAGAGCUGCAACUAGACAUCCUAUUUAUGAAAACUUCCGUGUCAAGGCUUUUAAAGCACUAUUAACAUCUUCAACCUCCGAUGACCAACUCUCAGCCCUUGGAGAGCUCAUGUAUCAGUGCCAUUACAGUUACAGUGCCUGUGGACUUGGCUCGGACGGAACAGAUAGGCUUGUUCAGUUAGUACAAGAAAUGCAGCAUAGUAAGAUGUCAAAAUCUGGAGAAGGGACACUCUAUGGUGCAAAAAUCACUGGAGGCGGAUCUGGUGGAACAGUUUGUGUUAUCGGGAGGAACUGCAUUCGCAGUAGUGAACAGAUUUUUGAGAUUCAGCAGAGAUACAGAAUUGCAACUGGAUAUCUGCCAAUUAUAUUCGAGGGUUCAUCUCCAGGAGCUGGAAAAUUUGGACAUUUGAGGAUUCGCCGCCGGAAAGCCUACAGCGAAAGUUGA